AUGGUUUUAUCGCUUGCCUUGCUCCUGGGAUACCUCCAAAAUAUUAGUCUGGAGGGAAUUGAUUUCGGAGUGCAACGGUGGUUUGGAGUCGCCUCCAACGAAUCAGCUCCACCUGUCCACUUCGUGAAAACGCAACGUUCUCCCAAAAGCAAUGAGAAAGUCUCUUCUAUGUCCGGAGGAAAGCCUGGUAAGGUACAGCCAGGAAGGACGGGAUUGCGGGAGUCAUUUAGGAUACUGAAAAGGAAAAGGACUAAGAUGACGAUCUGUACUUAUAACGCCCAUACGCUUGCAUCGGCUAUCGAAGGUCUGAUGACGCAAGCCAAGAAGUUUAAGUACGACAUCGGACUGACCGAGACGGGACGACGACGAGUAUGGCAAAGAACAUCGACUCUUUCGGACAACUUGCGACCCGAAUCGAACGGCUGCGGAUGA